AUGAAAGUGCUCAAACAAGCAAAAAAUUCUAACCCACAAGGAAGAUGGUGGAUCAAGGCAGAUGCCUUUGAUGUCAGAAAGGGCUCAAGGGAGAGCAUGCGUGGAACGUGGUCUGGUGAUGAAGAUCUUGGAGAUGGCUCUCUCAAGAAUUUGUAUACUGAUUACAAGACCAGAUGUGUUUUUGUGAAGCUUGCUAAAAGAGAGAAAUAGAGAAGUUGCUGGUUGAUCUGGAGAGUGAUUUUGAAUUUCUUACUGCUGGUGUUGAGGUUGCUAGUGGUGUUUACACCAAGGCAAUUCAAGUUGGAAAGUCAUCAGACCAGAAAUUGAUGGAAUUGCCUUGGAGUGUGGUGGAAUUUGAAAAACUGGUGGAGAAAUGA